UUCCCACAUCGCGCCAACCAGCUUCAAUUCAAAACUCGCAUUUUCUACGCGAACCCACAUUGCUUUCAGUAUCUCACUUCAAACUGUAUGUCGGAUGGAACAAAGCCAUUUUCAUAAGCGCAGCACGGUGCACCUGACCUGUUCGGCUGUCGCUACCCGCAUCGCUGGCUUUUGAGAAUUGAGGGUUGCCUCUGCCUCCCGUCAGUUUCGCAAGCUCAUCAUCCUACGUGGAGAGAGCAUGUCGACUGGACCGUCAGUCGCAUCGCAACGGGAUAAAUCCAGGCGCCAGCGUCUCAGAGAGCUUCCCGCCGAGUUUCUUCGCGAGAGGCCCGUCUCAUGCCGCCACUGCCUGUGGGACAAGCUGAAAUGGCUGACUCUGCCGUCGCAACGCGAGAUUGACGAGAGAAAUGGCGGCAUGAUUCUCUGUCAGUUUGAGAGAAACGGCACCACAACUCACUGCGUGUUUUGCAGCAUCAGAGGGAGGAAAUGUGAACCGGUAGCGCAAAGCGUCGAAGCACGCGUUCAAGAGUUUGACCGCUUGUACAAGGCGGCAUUUGGCAAGGAUGAAAACAAUCCGCUGGCCCAGAAACUUUCAGCGCUGGCCUGCACGUUUCGGCCGCUUGACGAGGAUGGCAACCUGGUCGAGCGCGACCUCAUCCCCGAAGUCAGGCCGAACGUUCACGCUAUGCGGCGAGGCGGAGGCACGCGACUGGUCUGCGAAGCCGACCCCGGCGGAUCUCGACAACAAGCCGAACCAAAGAAGCGAAAGCUCAGCGCUUCAGCCGAUACUCCCUCCUUUACCAAAUCGGCAACUCCGGUAACUCCCUCGGAAAAGCCUGCCGCCCGCCACCCUCUCCCGACAAACCGACACCAGCCGCAGACACAGGCCUCACAUCUCGAUGCGUUCGACCUUCGCCCGGGGCCGGAGCGGGGCUCCGCCGCUUACCGCGCCCCACGGUUUGCCCCAACAGAAACAGACUCCCGCCCCAAGCGUACAAUUCCCGGGCCCAGCAGCAGCAGUAGCAAUGGUAAUGCCAGCGGUAGUGCUACCAGCAGCAGUAACCUGCGUGGGCUCAAUGAUGAGGUGGAGCACUUGCACCGACGCGUGUCCCUGCUCGAAGACCGCUGCCACCGCCUCGGCGGGCGGGUGACUGAGCUGGAGGGGGCCCUGGCCGAGUCAGAGAAACGGCACGCCGAGGAACUCGGUGCGUUGCGGGCUGAAGUGAAGAAUUUGGCACAGGCAUGGGGGAGUAACGGCUCUCGAAACGUUGAACGAGGGGUUGAUAGCUUAGGGCAGGAGUACGCGUCGAGGAGAGAUAAGGCGGUGAAUGGGCCCUUAUCAUCAACACCACCGGCGGCGCCGAUUCACCCUGCUUUUCUAUGGGAGCAGCAGGGGUGGAAACGGGAUCGGGAGGAAGGGCGUUUCGUGGUGCAGUCUUUGGGACGACAUGAGCACGAUGAGAACGAGGACGAGGAGAUGGAGGAAGAAGAGGAGGAAGAAGAGGAGGAGAAGGAAGAAGAAGAAGAUGAUGAUGAUCAAGAACAGGAGAAAGGGACGAGUAAUGGGGAGCGUUCAGGGUCAGAUAGCGAUUAGAACACACAAAGCAGAAGGGUUGCCUGACUCAGCGAACUGAGCCAAACCACAGCUCUUCUGUGCUAGGAUUGCCCCAUGGCAAUCACAUUAUCGUCCUAUUCAUGGGCUUCCCAUGCCACUAUCGCCGAACAACUGAUUUGCUCCAAUGGACUCGAAGGGUGUCAAGCGACACAGCGAGAUAUGCAGCAUGAUGGACGUAUUGUACUCGCUAUCUCAGACUAUGCUAGUGAUGUAGCACUCUGUGUGCAGGCAUCCGGUGGCAUCGCAAGGCACUGGCAACUUGCGUGACUAGCAAAGGGGUUAUGAGAGCAGAGGUGAUAAAGAAAUGAAUUGGGG